AUGUGGCCGCUCUUUCUCCUCCUGCUGUGGCUGGGCCCUGUGAUUCCAAAACAGAAGACAGGCAGUUGUUCCCAGCCCCAGCCCCUCUGCUGCCCCGGAACAGAUUACCACUGCAAAAACGGAAGCUGCUAUUGCGAUGAAUUCUGCCGUGUGCUCUCAGACUGCUGCCCAGACUACACGGCUCUCUGCAACCCUGGUGACCUGCAUGCAGGCUCACUUCCACCCGUGGCACAGCUGGAUCCUGUAACUGACAGAGCUGCUCAUACUCCCAAGAUGGUGUUGCAGAUGGUGCUGAGGAUGAGGAGCCCACUCGGCUCAGCCAAUAGAGAUCAAGAUUGGGUGCAGAGCGUGGUUCUGCAGCUCCUCCACACCAGCCUCACCAGAAGGCCACUCUCCAUAACUGUGAAGGGAAUCAGGAAGGAAGCCUGA